AUCGUAUUUGAAACUAUGACCAAUAAUAGGCAAUAUGGGGCCUGUAAUUUUCCGUCAAAAAAGAUGAUUGAUAUAACCAUCGAUAUUUACAAUCUACAUCCGGAAAUAAAAUACAUUGAUUUCUUCGAUAUGACUAAGCCAAUUUCGAUGAUUCGCGACCCUGAAUUAAUCAAAAUGAUCGCAGUGAUGAGUUUCGAUAAUUUCACGGAUCACAGAGGUUUCGUCGACGAGGUAUAGGAUCCUCUCUUCGUAAAGAAUUUAUUUUCCUUAAGAGGCAACCGAUGGAGAGAAACUAGAAUAAUGUUGAGUCCGGCAUUUACUUUAAGCAAACUAAAAGGUAUGUUCAAAUUAAUGAACGAAUGCGGGGCAGAUUUUAUAGAUUUUCUAUCAAAACUGCCAAAGGAUAAAACAACUAUAGAAAUGAAGGACGUCUUCACGAGAUAUACCAAUAACGUAAUAGUUGCAUGUGCAUUAGGCAUCAGUAUCAAUUCGAUGAAAAAUCCGCAAAACGAAUUCUAUGUUCUCGGAAGAGAUGCAACAAACUUUGACGGUAUUAAAUCUCUAAAAUUCUUCCUUAUUCGAUCUUUCCCAAAUAUUGUAAAAUUAUUCAACAUUAAGUUCAUAUCCGGUAAGAUCGAUCAUUUCUUCGAGACCGUUGUCCAGGAGAUUAUCAACACUAGAGAUCAAAACAAUAUUGUACGAGCAGACAUGAUACAACUGAUGAUGGAAGCUAGAAACAAAAAAGCUGAAAUCGGACAAGAAUUAAGUAUGAUGGACAUAGUAGCUCAAGCGUUUAUCUUUUUCUUUGGUGGCUUCGACACCGUCUCCACGGCUAUGUGCAUUACUUGUCACGAAAUUGGUGUCAAUACGAACAUACAAAAGAGACUUCAGCAAGAGAUCGACGAGGUCAUCGAAAAGACCAAUGGAAACCUAACUUAUGACGUUAUCAACAGCAUGCAAUAUCUAGACGCCGUGAUAAGCGAGUCCUUAUGGAGAUAUCCAUUGCCAUUAUUCUUGUGCAACGAGAAUUUCGAACUGCCACCAAGUUUACCUGGAAACAAACCCUUUCUCUUAAAAAAAGGCAUGAAUGUUUGGUUCCCAGUUUGUGCAUUCCAUCUGGAUUCGAAAUAUUUCGAAGAUCCGUAUAAAUUCGAUCCCGAAAGAUUCAUGAAACAUGGGAAAGAGAUCAACAAUUCCGGCGUCUACUUAUCUUUCGGUUUAGGACCUAGAAUGUGUAUUGCUAAUAGAUUCGCUUUAAUGAAGAUGAAAGUUUUAGUAUUUAAUUUAUUGGCAAGGUAUUAUCUUAAGCCUUCUACCAAAACUCAAAAUCCAUUCCGUUUUUCCAAGAGAGGAAUCAAUUUGACCGCCGGAAAAGGUUUUUGGAUGGAUUUAGAGGAAAGAAAGGAUAUUCAUCCUGCUGUUAAAAAUUUCGUCCCUAAUAGCACUACUGAUGAAGAUAUUAAAAGUGAUGCAUCGAUUAAUGAUGUUACUAAUGAUCAUUCUACGAACUCUCGACAGUGCAACAUCGCGAAUUUUUUCUCUUAUAAUCAUUUUACUCUCUAUCACAUGAUGGAGACCUGGGCAAUGAUCUUGGCCUUCAUGGCAGUGUUACUCAGCAUUUAUUACUACAUCUUCAAAGACUUGAGCUAUUUCAAAAAAAUUGGUUUACCAUAUUUGGAACCAUGGCCGUUAUUUGGAAACAUGGGACAAGCAAUUUUCCGUCAGAAAACGAUGAUUGAUUUAACUAUAAAUGCUUACAAUUUGCAUCCAAAAGCCAAAUACGUUGGUUUCUUCGAUAUGAGUAAUCCGGUUUUACUUAUUCGUGAUCCUGAAUUAAUCAAAAUGAUCGGAGUGAAGAGUUUCGAUAAUUUCAUGGAUCACAGAGGUUUCGUCGACGAGGUACAGGAUCCUCUCUUCGGAAAGAAUUUAUUUUCCUUAAGAGGCAACCGAUGGAGAGAAACUAGAACAAUGUUGAGUCCGGCAUUUACUUUAAGCAAACUAAAAGGUAUGUUCAAAUUAAUGAACGAAUGCGGGGCAGAUUUUACAGAUUUUCUAUCAAAACUGCCAAAGGAUAAAAAAACUAUAGAAAUGAAGGACGUCUUUACGAGAUAUACCAAUGACGUAAUAGCUACAUGUGCAUUUGGCAUCAGUAUGAAUUCGAUGAAAAAUCCGCAAAACGAAUUCUAUGUUCUCGGAAGAGACGCAACAAACUUUGACGGCAUUAAAUCUGUAAAAUUUUUCCUUAUUCGAUCUUUCCCAAAUAUUGUAAAAUUAUUCAACAUUAAGCUCAUAUCCGGUAAGAUCGGUCAUUUCUUCGAGAACGUUGUCCAGGAGGUAAUCAACACUAGAGAUCAAAACAAUAUUGUACGAGCGGACAUGAUACAACUGAUGAUGGAAGCUAGAAACAAGAAAGCUGAAAUUGGACAAGAAUUAAGUAUGAUGGACAUAGUAGCUCAGGCUUUUAUCUUUUUCCUUGGUGGUUUCGACACCGUCUCCACGGCUAUGUGCUUUACUUGUCACGAAAUUGGUGUCAAUCCGGACAUACAAAAGAGACUUCAGCGAGAGAUCGACGAGGUCAUCGAAAAGACCAAUGGAAACCCAACUUAUGACGUUAUCAACAGCAUGCAAUAUCUAGACGCCGUGAUAAGCGAGUCCUUACGGAGAUAUCCGAUUGCCAUUAUUCUUGACAGAAUGUGCAACGAGAAUUUCGAACUGCCACCAAGUUUACCUGGAAACAAACCCUUUCUCUUAAAAAAAGGCAUGAAUGUUUGGUUCCCAGUUUGUGCAUUCCAUCUGGAUUCGAAAUAUUUCGAGGAUCCGUAUAAAUUCGAUCCCGAAAGAUUCAUGAAACAUGGGAAAGAGAUCAACAAUUCCGGCGUCUACUUACCUUUCGGUUUGGGACCUAGAAUGUGCAUUGGUAAUAGAUUUGCUUUACUGGAGAUGAAAGUUUUGAUAUAUAAUUUAUUGGCAAGGUGUAAUCUCAAGCCUUCUGCAAAAACCCAAAAUCCUAUUCGAUUAUCCAAAAGAGGAAUCAAUUUGGCCGCCGAAAAAGGUUUUUGGAUGGAUUUAGAGGAAAGAAAGGAUAUUCAUCCUGCUGUUAAAAAUUUCGUCCCUAAUAGCACUACUGAUGAAGAUAUUAAAAGUGAUGCAUCGAUUAAUGGUGUUACUAAUGGUCAUGCGAUUAAAGCUUAAGAUAUGAAAAUAAUGAUAAUAAUAGUAUUAAGAUUAACUCGUCUAAAGUAUUCAUGUAAAUGUUUAUAUAUAUUUGUCAACGAAAUGUUAGGGAUACUGAAUUUGGAUUAAAUGAUUGUGCAUCGUAUAAGGGAUUAACGUCAUUUAAAUUAUAUGCAGCUAUGCACAUAUUGUCUUGUUAUCGGAUUAAAUAUCGUUUCAGAGAAUAAUAUUUUUAUUAUAUUACUACGAUUUAAAUAACGUAUCAUAACAAUUGAUAUUAUUAUUAUUACUAUCAUUAUUAUAAAAAUAAAAAAGAAAACGUUGCAUUAUUAUCGAAAAAAACGAAUAUUAUUUACGAAAAUAUAUUUAUCAUCAAGAUAUUACA